GUACAAAGGGGGGUGGAGAGUGAAAAGAGUGGCUUGGUGCCGAGAUAGUGAGGGUGUUUUGUGCUGUUUACUUUUACGUGUUGUGUUGAUCCCGGUCACCGAUCGAUCCGUGUUGGCGAAAAUCCUCGAUCACAGGGUUUGAUUUCCCCUCUCGAUUUCCUGCCCCGGAUGGCCACAGCAGCGACGGCGGAGGUGGUGGAUUCCAUAUGAAAAUCCCACCCCUAAAAGAUUCCUUUCGUUGCCGGGAUGUGGGGCCUCAUGUGAACAUGUUAUGACGACGACGAGCCUCUGCUGCUGCUGCUGCCGCUGCCGCUGCUGUUGCUGUUGGUGCCGUUUUGUGUCUUGUGUUACGUAGCACUGUAAAGCAGAGCUUACGCCAAGAAAAUGCACGAACUAUUUACGACGGUCCUAUCGAAAAGGGACCUCUCCCGGGCCGGAGAACUGUUUUCGAUUGCCGACUAUGAGAUUGUGAACGACUUAACGGAAGUGUUGGAAGAGAUUUGCAGCAUCAUCUCACAGGAAGACUAUCUGCAGAGCAGCAACGACCAGUCGGUGAUCGAGAUCUGCAUCAAUCGGGUAACCUCAUGCAUCAAGAAGACAAACACGAUCGAGAAGCACUGCGGUGGGCUGGUGAAGUUGCUGCAAACCUGUCUGCGCUACAAUUUGCAACCAUCGGGAAAGGAUGUCGAUCCACCGCACGCCAAAAUCUCCUCCGACAUCAUCUCCAGCAUUUUUCUGAACUACAAUAAGCAGAUCGUGAUGGAGGUGACACUGCCGGUCGCGGUGAAGUUUCUCAAUCUCGGCAACCUGGAACUAUCGCGUAACCUCGCCAGCUACCUGUCGUCGGCGGCCAUCGAGUACUCGUUUCUGUUAUCGCCGCACGUGCACGUCAUCCUGGAGUCCCUGCUCGCCGGUAACUACGGGUUGUGCCAUGUGCUGUCACAGAUCUACGAGGCCACCCCGGAACCGAUCAAUGCGGUCGGGCCCAAGUUUGUCGAGAUCGUGCCACGGUGCGAUCUGCAGGAGCAGCUCGUCAUUCUGCAGCUGCUGGUGACGAUCGCUAAACAAAAGCCGUCCUGCCUGACCGAAAGCAUUCCAUCGCUGCUCGAGCUAGCCAUCCGUCCACCGCUUUCGGCUGCGGCCCUGCUCGUGCUGCUCAAGCUAGCGGAAGCGAAACCGAUCAAGCUGGCCGAGUACACGGAGGCGUUCAAGGUGAUCGCGUACAGCGUACCGCAGACGGUUGGCUUCGCUGCCCAAAUUCUGUCCGCGAUUGGGCGCUCGGGCAAGGAUCGGGCUCAAGUGGCGCUCGAUUUCGUGCUGGAGCAUCUGCCGCGUGCCGAUCGACCCCUGCAGACGAUCCUACUUAACGAAGCCACCAAGCUGUGCACCAAGUAUCCGGUGCUGUUCACCGAUAAGGUUACAUCUGUGGUGCGGCAACGGCAGUUGAGCAACAGCCAGAUCAAACACACCACCUCCGGUGGUGUAACCAUCGUCAAUCUGAACACCUCGGCCACGCUACCGACGGUGGGUUCCACUGAGCGACCCCUUUCCUACGUACAAGCCACGACAACGACAUCGAAUAGCGGGCACAAUGGACUCGGAAAUGCUACACCAUCCAUGGGAUCGUCGGUGAGCGGUGGUGUCGCUGCCCAUCAUCAUCCACAUCAACCGCAGCAGCAGCAGCAGCAGCAACAGCAGCAACAACAGCUGCAUCAUCAUCACCAUCAUCAUGAACACGGCCGGGCAAUCAUUUCCAAAACACCAAACGUCGCCAUCGUCAGCAAUCACAGUCCGAUGUCGAAAACGGUGAUCAACACCUCGAACGGUACGACGCUCAGUUCCACCAUCCAUCCGGCUCUGCUCACCAACUUUAUCAACACCGCCAAUGGCGUUCAGGGUACUCCACCGUUAGCCAACGGAACUGGUGUCGUUUCACCGACGCCACAUCACACAGGCUACACAAGGAACCGUCCAAAGCUGGGUGAUUCACGCAGUACCGGUCGGUUGCACUCUGGUGGUGGUGCUGGCAGUGGUGCCGGUGGCAAUAAGAGCACGACGCGCCUGAACAAUGCCGGUGGUUCGAUGGGUGGUCUGCACAAGGCACGCCUAGGAUCGUCAUCGCAACUGAUUAACCAGUUUAGUGGAGGUGAUUUUGGGGCAACGGCUGGCAAUGCUGGUGGUGGUGCUGGUGCUGGUGUCGUGCUGCUUGACCACCAGGAGAAAAGCAAUGGAACCAUGGGUGGCCCACUGGGAAGUCCGAUUGGACUUCCUUCCAAUGGUACGGGCACGUGCACGACGACCGUGGAUGGUUCGAAUAGCAGCAGCAACAAUGCGAUCAUCAACAACCGUCACAACUCGAGUGGUAACGUCGCGAUCAAGGGAAUCGGUGGUACGGUGGAUCGUCCGGCCGUUAAUCUGCUACACAGUUCACUGGCCAUACCACCGGUACCACCGCCGCUCAGUCAGCACGUUACGAUAACGGGCGAGAACAAGUGGGGCAUUCCACAGACGAAGAUCACCUCUUGUGGUGUUACGGUGAUGACGACCUCACCGACGGCACGCGCUCCUCGGCCUUACUCCCACGGUGGUCCCUCGAACACGACAACAGCUACGCUCCUGGGUUCGACUGGGGCCCUCGGUAAAAGUUCGCUCGGUGGUCUAAACCAAUCGACCGGUUCCAUCGGCAUACAGGUGCAUCACGCUUCGCCCGCUUCACCGAACAUGAACCUUGGCUCGCCAACGUCAUCGAUCCCAGCGACGGCGACCUCGACGACAACGACAACGAUGCUGUUCAACAAUCAUUCCCAGCAAACGUCACCUCAGCUGACGCAAACGACGCUAUCGUUGCACUCGAGCGAUGAUCCAACGACCGGCCGUGAUCAGGUGAUCGUGUACGGUCCGGAAACGGUCACCACGCGCCACCAUGCACGCCCGGACAAUCGUAGCGUCACCAUUCUGAAUGCUUCCUCGUCCGCCGGCACAAUGGUCGGGGGGACUAAUCCCCGCAUGAGCGUAUUCGAACCGUACCCGAUGCGGGACACGAUCCAGCAUUUCUGCGAGAAGCAUCUCGAUAAGAUCAAAGCGUACACGGAGAGUGUGGCCCAGCGGAUUCCACCGCCGGCCAAGUGCAUUAUUGAGGAGCGGCGUGCAAAGAAGACGGCCAAGCUGCACUUUGCUUGCCAGGUGCGCGGGCCCCACUGUCUGUACGCGCGCACAAUGUUCACGAUGCGAACGCGCAAUCCACGCACCUGGAUCCAUCUGAUGUUUCUCGAUCUGCAGGCACGGGCCCCCAAGAAUGCGCUCAGUAGCUGGGAUCCGAGCGUGAGCAGGCUGAAGCAUUGCUGGGAUACGCUCAAGUGCGAAAAUCGGACGUUUAUCACGCUCGUCACGAGUGCGUUCCCGAGCUGUAAGGAGCAGGAGGCGCUGGUGAACGAACUGCGCCAUGCCGGGUUCUUCGAUGUGUUCGAGAUGGGUCCCGCUGGCCACGGGCCCGAUGGUGGUGCCGGGGGUGAGCUCGGUUGUGACCAGGGAUCAUCUCCCACCGGGAUUGGUCCGUCAGGCGCGGUAUUGUCGCUUAACAGCACCACCAAUACCAACACCACCAUGGCCAGCGCCAGUAACAUGGCCAAAGGUUCAACGAUACGACCGGAGGGGGGAAGCGUAGAGGCAAGUAGCAGCGAGGAACUGGACGAGGGUUUACAGUGGGGCUGCUUCUUGUGUCACCAUCCGGAGAAGGCGAUCGGUUUUCUGCACGGCAACAAUCAACCGGUGAUCGAGGGACAGCUGAAGGAGAAGAAGGGUAAAUGGCGUCUGUUCCGGCGGUGGCGCACACGCUACUUUACGCUCUCGGGAGCUCAUCUCUCCUGCAAGGGGUCCGUCAGUGAGGCUGGCGGAGAGAGCAUCGAUGUGAACCAGAUCCGCUCGGUAAAGGUAUCCCGGGGUGCCCGAAACAUACCGAAGGCGUUCGAGAUUUUCACCGGCGAUCAGACGCUCAUCCUGAAGCCCAAGGAUGGUAACAAAGCGGAAGAAUGGGUGCAGUGUCUGAGCAUCGUGCUGGCACAUUCACAGGCACGCGAUAGUCCGACGACACGCACCAACAGCCUUCCGGCACGAAGCAUCGGUAACAGUCGGACGGUCUUCUAAUCCCCCCGCCGUCCAUCAGAUCAGCACUGACCAGGGAAUAGCCUGCUACGACGAGAAACAAGAGUACUUAACAGCCUUAACUAGCAUCGUUGCUGCUCAUUAGCUCCGCUGACAAUUGCUGCGUACUUAGGCGCACUCAAAGGAGGCCACAAAGUAACUGAUCAGCAGAUAUCUAAACCCUCCAUCUAGUGUGUUAAGCGUUUUAAAACCGAGAUUUCAUCCAAGGCAGCCGCAAGGUUGGCCGCAAUCGAAAAUCGAUUAGUGAGACAAUGGCUUAUUGGCGAUCGCCAAACGAACGCCGCCACGCCAAGCGUCACAGCAUUGCGAAUGUGCGCGUGUGUGUUCGACUUAAAUUAGGAAUACUUAAGGAUACUUCCGCACCCAUCUUUUGGGUGGUGAGGGAAGCAGAUCGACUACGUAUAACGUGUUUUUUCCAUUUUACAACUCCGCGCAGAGAGAGAGAGAGAUGAUGGGGUGCGGUGAAUCCCCAUUAUUUUUUUUCAACGGAGAUAACUUAUUAACGCGUUUUUUUUCAUAAAGGAUUGUUUCCGGAGCUUCCAUUCAGUAAA